AUGGACUUCACUCUAGAGAAGUUGGCCAAAUUGUAUAUUGGUGAGAUAGUGAGGCUUCACAGGGUGUUGACUUUGAUUAUUUUAGACAGAGAUCUGCAUUUCACUUUAAGAGUUUGGAGAACCCUUCAUGAGGCGUUGGGUACUCGCAUACACUUUAGUAUAACUUUUCAUCUACAGACUGAUGAACUUAAUGAGAGGAAGAUUGUUGGUCCGAAGUUGGUUUGGGAGACUGAAGAUAAGAAGUCAUAUUCAGAUUUGAAGCACAAGGAGAUAAAGUUUGCAGUGGGAAACAAAUUCUUCCUUAAGGUUUCACAUUGGAAGAAAGUUUUACGCUUCAGAUGCAAAGGGAAAUUGAGUCUCAGGUUCAUUGGACCUUAUGAAGUUCUAGAGAGAGUUGGACCAGUGGCAUAUCGAUUAGCCUUGCCGCUGAAGUUAGAGCGUAUUCAUAAUAUGUUCCACGUGUCUAUGCUUAGGAGAUAUCAUUUUGAUCCUUCCCAUAUCUUACCACUUGAGCAGGUUGAGGUGACCCUAGACUUGUCAUAUGAAGAAGAGUUUAUUUCGAUUUUGGCUCGAGAUAUUAAAGAACUUAGAAACAAAAAGAUCCCCUUAGUGAAGGUCUUGUGGAGGAAUCACGGAGUUGAGGAGACGACAUGGGAGCCAGAGGAGUCCAUGAAAUUACAGUACCUGCACCUUUUUUAUUCAGUUGAAGAGGGUCGUGAAUCUUCUAAAGCUAAUGGUAAAGGCAAAGUGGUUGAGAGCUAG